CUCAUACAAGGGGAAACCUCAACAUUGGUAGGAAUGACAAGUACUUUGUUGCGAUAACAAGUCCUUUGUAGGCGACACAUUAGGACGCUCUAGUACCGUUGCGAAAGCUAGACUUGGCUAGAGGCGUUGUAAUGUCAAGCACGGGCCUAGCGCCACACUGCUGCGCCUCGCGUUGACGCACGAUUUCACCGCCAUACUCCACAGCCAGCCUCCCCUGCAUCCCGCCAGCUAGCAUGAGCUUCGUGAAGCAUACAUCCCCGCAUUGAGAUGGGCGCGCGCAAAUGCAGCCUUCGCUUGCGGUAGACCGCCAUGACGUAUUGGCCUAUCUCGUCGCCCUCCGUCUUCGCGGCCACUAAACGUACGGAUCCCGGGCGCGCGCACACCUCACACGAUGACGCCGAACACCAGCAACCAGGCGAACAAGAUGCCGACAAACCAUCGCAGACGCAUCCUGGAGAUGGGGCGUCUGCGCAAAGUAAGAGUGAGGUAGAGGACAAGAAUGGCGCGUCGGUAGAAGACGACAUACAUGGCACCAUCAUUGCCAUCAGAGUGACCAGGAGUGGGCACAUGUUUGCGACCCUCACCAGAACAACGCUCACGGUCUGGCAGACAAAGCCUACGAUUGUUCUAGCUUCAGUAUUGCGUUCAGAGCAAUCCGUCAGAACAUACGGACCCAACACCGACGUCCUACUGCGCCCUGACUCCCAGAUCUUCGUCGUGCAGACCACGCUUGGCUUCCUCAUCACGUACUCGCUCGCGACAGACCACUCGUCCCGCAUCUACCAGGCUCAAUUCACUAACACGCACGGGGGCCACACCAGGAGAAGCAGUGCAAUCACUGGCUUUAAGAUUCAGCGUCAGCACGAUGUCAAUGCGGGGCCAGGAGAAGGCAGCGGCUUGAAAGAGCUCAGCCUACGCUUUCGCAUGGUCAUACGGGUUGAUGCUGGCAUCAUCAGGGCUCUGGCUCUGGACGACGAAUUGAUUGUCGCAACUGGGAAGCCCGCUGCUGUACAAUGUAUCCGUUGGGCGCCAGACAGCACUGGUAGUCAAACGAGCACUGAACUACUGGCAAAGAUGUCAUGGUUGGGAAACAAUGCAUCGCUGCGUGAAAUGGUCCAUGAUCGGCCUAUGAACCUGUCGUGUUGGAUCACAGGCGACGGACGAGCCUUUGCAGUCCAAAAAGCGGCUCGAAAAGACGCCGUUGCUCCCAGUCUCUUCCGUGGUUAUGGUUUCCAUACACCCGAAACAGAUGCUGAUCACGGAGUGAAAGCUGCAAUCAAUGCAAGGUUUUCGUUACUUGCUGUUGGCUGCGCCAGUGGUGAAAUCUAUGUUUACACCGCACGCGACUACACUGGCAACAUUCCCCUCUCUCAUAAGCUACGACCAAACGUUACAUCCCCCGGAAAGAUGACUGUCUUGACUUACUCGCCAGAUGGAUACUGUCUUUUUGCUGGCUACGAACGUGGUUGGGCGAUGUGGAGUGUAUACGGAAAGCCUGGAGCAACGAGCUUCACAGCAGAAAGAACACUUUCCAAGACAAACAACGAAGAAUGGCUUCUAAGCAUCAAAGAAGCAUUCUGGAUUGGGGGUGGUGCAGAACUGUUAAUGUUGAGCAACGACGACAAUCGUUUCUUUGUAUUAGAGAUGGCUCGAAGUGCAGUAACCGGCUGCUUCUCCUCGGCUAACGUAUCACGGUCUUUGAUGCAGACAAGCACCGGAUUCAUGAUCUACCGUGGUUACGACUUGCCAGACUUGACGACAAUUUCUGCCGAUGUCUCCCUGUGGCAUCAUGUUCAGAUUCCUUCGGCCUACCUUGUCGACCAAUGGCCAAUUAGAAGUGCGGUCAUCUCAAACGAUGGUCGGUAUGUGGCGAUAGCGGGCAAGAGAGGGCUUGCCCACUACAGUGUAAACAGCGGGCGUUGGAAGAUGUUUGACGACCCUUUCAUAGAGAACGAGUUCACAGUUCGAGGGGGUAUGUGCUGGUUUCAGCAUGUUCUGAUUGCAGCGAUCGAAUGUCGCGAUUCCCAUGAGGUUCGCGUGUACUCACGCGAGGCAGCGCUCGAUAAUAGCCACAUCAUGCAUACACAGAAGCUACCUGCGCCCAUUGUCCUCAUUGCACCCUCUGGCGAAGAUUCACUUCUCGUCUACACCUACGAGAACAUAUUAUAUCACUACGUUAUUAGUGUUUCAGAUGCAAGCGUAAAGUUGGUACAAGUUGGUCAAAUCGCGCUACACGGUAUCAUUCGUGCACCUACUCGAGUGCGAGCACUUAGCUGGAUAUUACCAGAGGACCAGAUCCACAACGGCGAUCCAUCACAAGAUGUCGCUGUCGCAACUAUCCUGUUCCUAGUGGAUGGCAAACUCGUGCUUCUCCAACCGACGACAACCGAGAGUGGCGACCUCAAGUACGAAAUGCGCAUCAUCGCGCAGAAUGUAGAGACGUAUGCGCUCAUGCGCGACCACCCUGCUUUCGCAUUGGAUCGGCAUGCCGAUUCGUUACCGGCGAGUCCGUCCAUGGAACUGACGAUGGAAGGGGUACACGGCCACGAUCUCCGUGACUCACUCUGGUUCUUUGAUGGUCACGACAUGCGAGUUUGGAUAGAUAUGCAGGAUGUUCUUGCCUCCGCUUCACCAGAAAUUGGUCGAGAACUCCCAACACCUGUUCAGAUUCCUGUCGACUUUUAUCCUCUCUCGGCAUUGAUCAACAAAGCGAUUAUAUUCGGUGUGGAGUCGGAGUUGAUCCAACGUAGGGAUACAAACUUCGCCUUCCUGCGUUUCGGCACUAGAACACACCUCUUUCUUCCCGCACUGCUGCGGUCCCACUUGGCGCAAUUCAACCACCCCGCAGCCUUACAUCUUAGCCAUCAUUAUCAGCACUUGCUUUACUUCCCCCAUGCUCUAGAAAUCUUACUGCAUGAAGUCCUGGACGAGGAGGUGGAUACCCAGCCACCACCUGAGCAAGCGCUAUUGCCAAGUGUGCUAUCGUUCCUGAGCUCUUUUCCUCGAUAUCUCGACAUCGUUGUGCAAUGUACCCGCAAAACCGAAGUGCGUUCAUGGCGGACGUUGUUUUCAAACUUGCCUCCACCGGAAGAACUAUUUGAAGAAUCACUGCAGAAAGGGAAUCUGAAGACCGCUGGUGGUUAUCUGCUGGUCCUCCAUACAUUUGAAGAAUUGCGGCCAACAGGCGAUCAAGUUGUCCGCCUACUCCAACGUGCCAAGGACGAACAAGAUUGGGAGCUAUGCAAGGAACUCGCACGUUUUCUCAUGGCUCUUGAUGAGUCUGGUGCAACAUUGCGAAGUACGUUGGAGCUUGUGGAGCUGAAGACUCCGUCAGCAGAGCCAGGCCUUGGCCAGUCACACUUUACGUUCGACACUGCCCGACUAAAUGUACCCUUGCGCAGUCGCAAUAACGGGACUAGGUCGUUGGGCGGACCAGGCGUCGAUUUUGGGUCCGACGGCGCUGGCAGGACCUCACGGGAGAAUGGCGACAUUAGUCCUGGUGUGAGUGACGUGAGUGCUAGUAGUGAUACAAGCCCUUCACAAGUACCGGGGGACUACUUUGGCCUUGGCAUGAACAGUUUGCGCCAGUAGUUGUAGCUGGGACAUUGAGAUAGUUUCAUUGAAUGUAGUUGUAUAAUUUUUCACAAG